AUGCUUUUUGAGGAGUUGCCGUCUGCUGUGCUCCUCUUGGUACCUGUGUCGAACCUGUGCUCGCUGCUCGCCGGCCGGCUGCUGGCCGACGCUGCGCCCGAUGCGAUCGUGCUCACUACACCUCACGGGCUUCAGACAAGCUGGGACGUCGGAAUCUAUCAGAACGCGGCGCUACAGGGCGUCGCGACCAUCAUGGACGUCCUCUCCGCGAGGCACAACGUGACUCUGCAGCGUGGCUGGAACGGAGUCCUGCCCAUGCCGCUCCACUGGGGCGAGGUGCUCGCCCUCAGCUACGUGGCAAACGCCUCCGCUGCCCACCGCUUGCCGCCUCUCGUCACGCUCGGCCUCCCGCUGUCGCGGUACAACCUCUCGUCUGCCGUCGCGACCGGCUUCCUCCAGCUCGGCCGCGACCUCGGCCGCCUUCUCGAGGCGUCCAGCAAGCGGGCGACCUCUCCCGCCUCGCGCCUGUGA